CCUAUGUUGAUUGAUGAUGAUCUUCCUCUCCAACUUCCCUUGCAUCUCAUACAUUCCAAUCGCUUGAGAGAUUUGUUCAUAUUAACAAGCGGGAUUGUUUUUUGUUUUGUUUUCGAUUUCGAAAGAGAAUUAAAGAUGAAUGACGCAGAUGUAUCCAAACAGAUACAACAGAUGGUUGCAUUCAUUCGGCAAGAAGCCGAAGAGAAAGCCAACGAGAUCUCUGUUUCCUCUGAGGAGGAAUUCAACAUUGAGAAAAUGCAAAUAGUUGACACCGAGAAGAAGAAAAUCAGACAGGACUACGAACGCAAGACAAAACAAGUGGAGGUUAAAAAGAAAAUUGAAUACUCAAUGCAGUUGAAUGCAUCCCGUAUCAAAGUUCUUCAAGCACAAGACGAUUUGGUAAAUGGGAUGAAAAAUGCUGCUGCCAAGGAGCUUCUUAAUGUUUCUCAUAACAAAAAAACAUACAAAAAGCUUAUCCAAAGCUUGAUUGUUCAGAGUCUACUAAGGCUGAGUGAGCCAGCAGUGUUGUUGAGGUGUAGGGAGGUGGAUCUUUCGCUUGUUGAGUCGACUUUAGAGGACGCCAAAAAAGAGUAUGCCUCCAAAGCAAAAGUUCAGGCUCCAAGAAUUGACCUCGACAAAACUGUAUAUCUCCCACCACCUCCAAAUAGUUCAGACCCUCAUCGUCCUUCCUGCUGUGGAGGCGUUGUGUUAGCUUCAAUAGAUGGGAAGAUUGUUUUCGAGAACACCCUUGAUGCGCGACUAGAUCUUACUUUCAGGAAGAAGCUUCCUGAGAUUCGCAAGACCCUUUUUAAGGAAUAAGAGCGAGCAGGGCUUGAAUAUUUGGUCAUAUUUGAGGUGCAAAUAACAUUCAAUGCAUAAGCGGGAAAGUGAUAAAUAAGCAGCUUAGUGAGUUUCAUAAGAGAGUAGACUCGGUGAUAUAUUAUUCUUUAUUUAUUUAUUUACUUUAAUCAAUGAAUUCGAUUCCUAGAUCCAUGACAAUUGUCUAUUGGUUUCAACUACAUGAGUUAUGUUAAAGCAAUAAUGGAGGAUUUCUGCUAGUUAAUAACUCUCACUUAAUUUUCUUUUUGUAUGUAAAUUCUAAAACAUGAGGGUCCGAUGACACCAUGAGACUCGUCGGGUCGUCGCCAUCCAC